CCUAUCACUUGCUGCAACCCAUACAUUCACACAUUUUCUCUUUCUCUCUCAACUUCUUCUUCUUCUUCUAACCUUCACUAACUCAUAAAGAAGGCACCACUUUUUUUCAGUAACCUUCUUCCUAAUACCAUAGUCAUGGAUGGAAUUCAAAACAGAGAUAUUGGAUCAUGUUUAUCAAAUCUCAUAUUAUCAAGUUCAACAAACACACUUGACUCUAUUUUCUCAGAUAUUCCUUCAACAAACACCACCACAGACAGCACAACCUUCUUGGGCUGUUCAAAUUUUGAACCUUUAGGUUCCUCUGUUUACCUUCGCCAGAGAGAUAUUUUACAAAAAUUCUACGAAGAAAGCCGAUUAAACGGCUCAUUCGUUCCUUCUUCAUUUUCAAAUCAAUCUCUACUAACCCCUUCAUUAUACACAACAAAUUCAACUUCAAUUUCAAGUUCGUUCACUUCUUUGGUGAACCCUUGUAAGAAGAAGCUAUACAGAGGAGUGAGACAGAGACACUGGGGAAAAUGGGUGGCUGAGAUUAGACUUCCUCAGAAUAGAAUGAGAGUUUGGCUUGGAACUUAUGAAACUGCUGAAGCUGCAGCUUAUGCUUAUGAUCGUGCAGCUUAUAAGCUUCGAGGCGAAUACGCGCGUUUAAAUUUUCCAAAUUUGAAAGAUCCAACUAAGUUGGGUUUUGGAGAUUCUACUAGAUUGAAUGCUUUGAAGAAUUCUGUUGAUGCUAAAAUUCAAGCUAUUUGUCAAAAAGUGAAAAGGGAAAAAGCUAAAAAGAUUGCUGCAAAGAAGAUGAAGAAGAAUUCAGGUAGUAAUAAUCAUGAUACAAAGAGUGAUAAAAAUUCAGACAAGAUUAUUAACUCAUCUUCUUGUUCUUCUUCUUCGUCUUCGUUACCGCUUUCACCACUUGUUUUUUGUGAUGAUUGGGUGAAUGAAUUGUUUUCACCAACUGUUUCUGAGGAUGGAAUUUGGAAAGGGGAGAAUUCUCCGAAUUCGGUUUCGACAAUGGUGACAGAGGAAACAGAGUUUGAAGAUUGCUCCUUAGCAAGAAUGCCAUCUUUUGAUCCUGAAUUGAUUUGGGAAGUUCUUGCUGUUUAGGGAAAAUAAUAACAAAAUUAUAACGUUUUCCUUGCAUUAUCUAGGUAGUGUAAAUGAAGAUUAGUUUUUAUUCUAUGGUUUUUAUUUUUCUAAGUGAUUGUGUUAUGUAUUUUAUUUAGGUGUAGAUUUAGUAAGUGAGGGGGUUCUUUAGCAUUUUGAAUGUAGGAUUGUUUUGGCUGUCAUUUCGGCUUUGUCUUUUUACUCAAAAGCUUCAGGAUAUUUUUCCUAUGGCAGUUGUUGUGAUGAAAAAAAUGUUAUACUAUCUAUCUUGGUUAUAAAAUUUUACCUAUUGAGAGCAGUAA